AUGAGUGUUUCUACCGGUAACGGAUCCGCCCACGCGCGAAACCAACAAAACCAAAGUAAAAAAAAACGAUUCACUCAAAAAACGAGCAAAUCGAUGAUCUGAUUGAGUUCUUGUUCAGACGUGCCUCCACGGCUUUCCGCCCGUCCUCUCCCAGCUUCGCGUACAGUUCCGGAUCGCUUUGCUCCACCGCAGUCAGGCUCCAGAAGCGUUCCGCCGCUUCUUGCUCCAACGCCAACAGUCUCCGAUCGAUCUGAGCCAAGAACCGACUGA